AUGGUGGGAAGAAAGAUCCUGGACGGACUGCGAAAGGGCAAGAAGGACGUCUAUGCGCUCAAUGUGCAAUAUGUCCGGAGUGAAUUCCUCAAACGCGACGACCAAAGCAUUUCAUACCGGCUGCAGCAGGAAGAACGCCUAAAUGCCCGCAAGAAGGCAGCAGUCGACAUCGACCGCGCGCGGGCGUACGGCAACCAAGAUGGUGUCCCCUACGGAGAACAGGACGUUGACCUCGAUGGCGAUGUCGCCAUGGACGAUGAACUGAACGAGAACUACGGCUCGAAAACCAUUGUCAUCCAUGUUGGGAGUCAGAACUUGCGGCUUGGUCUGGCAACUGAUGCUCUGCCGAAAACCGUGCCGAUGGUGAUUGCGAGAAAGGCUGCCAGGAAUGAGGCUGAAGACAGUGAGCCACUGCCGAAGAGACUCAAGCUGGACGAGAACGCCACGCCGGAGGAGAUGUUUGGAGACGAGUUCGCGAAAGAGUACAACAGCAUGGCCGCAGACUUCAAAGUAUCACGGAGAACGAACAAACGUCGAGUGCUGCCGAACUCCCGCGAGCUCGUCACCAAGUGGAACUCGACGAACCCGCCGGAUCUCAUAUCAGAGCACAACGACCCAUUGCGAAUCGACUGGACCGAGAUACCAGUGGAUGCCCGUGAAGCACCUGACUUCGUCGUUGGCAACGCUGCCCUUCGCAUUCCAGAGAAGACAAAGCCACGAUACCGACUCCACUGGCCACUCCAGCAUGGGUGGCUCAACGAGAAAGAUUAUGACAGCAGGAACAUGCUCUACCGCGACUUCUUCCUGAUACUGGAAGAGAGCAUCAAGACCGAGCUGGAGUUGACGCACAAGAAGGACUGGAACCAGUAUAGCUGCGUUUUCGUCAUCCCUGACCUGUAUGAGAAGGUGUUUGUGUCGAAGAUCUUGGAAGAGCUGCUCCGUGACUUCAACUUCCAGCGGGUCUGUUUCAUGCAGGAGUCCAUCGCUGCAAGCUUUGGAGCCGGGUUUAGCACUGCUUGUAUCGUGGACAUGGGCGCACAGAAGACGAGCAUCUGCUGCGUGGAGGAUGGCAUGUGCAUUGAAGACUGUCGCAUCAACCUCAAGUAUGGAGGCUUCGAUGUCACAGAUACCUUCGUGAGGAUGAUGGUGUUUGACAGAUUCAACUACAUGGACUUCAACUUGAUGAAGCGGCACGACUUUUUGCUGGCUGAGGAGUUGAAGGAGAAGUACACCACUCUAUCUGACGAGAACAUCACGGUCCAGCUCUACGACUUCCACCUCCGCGCACACGGGCAGGAGACGAGGAAGUACUCCUUCAAAAUCUACGAUGAAGGCAUGCUGGCGCCAAUGGGCUACUUCCGCCCUGCCAUCUUCGACCACUCCUCGAAAUUGGUGGGCCGCCGCAAGCUCAUCCCGCCCUCCGUCGACCUCUACGACGGCAAGCGCAACGAUCCGCUCAGUAUCGCCCAGCUAUCCGUUAUUUCCUACACCGAGAAGAACAUUCCGUCCGCCGUGUCCGCACCUCCAGCCAAAACCGCAGCUCCUCUCCUCGGCACUCCCAUGCCACCGACAGGCAUUCCAAGCAGCAAACCCAAGCUCCCAGCCCACCUUGCGCCCGAAGUCGACGGUACACCGUCCACCUCCGUCGCCGGCUCGCCACCCCCAGAAGACAUUGACAACACCACCAACGACCCCUACACCCUCACCGGCGCUCAGCCGGACACCGCCCUCCUCGACCGUACCCUCCCUCUCAUGCCUCUGGACCAAGCGAUCCUCCUCUCCAUCCAUCAGGCCUCCGGCGCCGACGAACGCAAACGCCGCGACUUCCUGGGCUCGAUAAUGCUUAUCGGCGGCGCAUCCAAGACGCCCAAUCUAGGAGCAUAUGUGGAGUCGAGGCUAAGAGCAGCGAUGCCGCAGUACCCCAAGGAGAUUCUCGUGGCGCCGCCGCCACGGGAGUUAGACGCGAGUGUGAUUGUGUGGAAGGGCGGGAGUGUGUUUGGGAAGUUGCGGAUGACGAAUGAUAGUUGGAUUGGGCAGGUGGAGUAUGAUCGGCUAGGGGCGAGGAUUUUGAACUAUAAGUGCAUGUGGCAUUGGUGA